CGUGGGCAGACUCUAUGGGUUCUAUGAGCAAGGAGGAGUCUUUUAGACUCCUUGAUGCAUUCUUCGAAGCGGGCGGGAACUUCAUCGAUACCGCAAAUAAUUACCAGGAUGAACAAUCGGAAACCUGGAUCGGGGAAUGGAUGGCCCAGCGCAGGAACCGCGAUCAAUUGGUAAUUGCCACCAAAUUCACAACGGACUUUCGGUCGUACAAGUUGGGCAAGGGAAAUGCCCCAAACCAUUGCGGCAAUCACAAGCGAAGCCUCCAUAUGAGUGUUCGGGAUUCUCUGAAGAAGCUGCAAACCGACUGGAUUGAUAUCUUGUAUGUCCACUGGUGGGAUCAAACUACUUCAGUUGAAGAAGUUAUGGACAGUCUUCAAAUCCUGGUAGAGCAGGGUAAGGUGCUUUACUUGGGCAUUUCGGACACACCAGCGUGGAUUGUGACCGCGGCAAAUUUGUAUGCUCGCGCCCACGGAAAGACUCCUUUCAGCAUCUACCAAGGCCGAUGGAAUGUCAUGCUCCGUGACUUCGAAAGAGAAAUUAUCCCGAUGGUGCGCCACUUUGGAAUGGCACUUGCUCCAUGGGAUGUCAUGGGAGGGGGGAAAUUUAAAACAAAGGAGGAGAUUGAACAGCGCAAAGCUCGGGGAGAGGGUCUCCGCAGCAUUCUGAGUCCGGACCAAAGUGCAGAAGAAGCGGCAAUGAGUGCAGCACUUGAAAGGGUGGCCAACGAACACGGGAUCAAGUCGCUCACCGCAGUUGCCCUGGCAUAUGUUAUGGCGAAAGCACCAAAUGUGUUCCCACUUAUUGGCGGUCGCAAAGUCAACCACCUCAUGGAAAACAUCCAGGCGCUUAAUCUACAGUUGACGGCGGAGCAAAUUGAAUACCUCGAGAGCCAGAACCCCUUUGAUGUUGGCUUCCCAAGCAACUUUAUCGGCCCGGAUCCCAAAGUGACUGGCAAAGCGUCCUUCCUUCUGGCUGCUAACGCCUCUUAUUCAUUUGUGCAAUCACCCAGAUCUAUUACGAGUCCAGAAUAGAUUGGAAUAGAUAUGAUACUUGUCAGCUGUUAGUAAGGCGUCUAGCUGGCAAGGAAAGGGAGAGGGGGAGAAGAAGGGG